AAAAGGUGUAUGAAUAACGCACUCUUCUCAUCCUUUCCCUCCCGGCCAUUGCCGCUCUUCUGGCUCUACUCCGGCCUUCUAACUAAUUCAUCAUCUUUCUAAUUAAGGUCUCAAUUUCAUAUGAAGCGGUCAUUGUCACUCUAGUUAGGGUUUUAGUUCUUUCGCCGAUCUGAUUGAUUGGGCGGCUUUUCGAUUCAGAGUUAGUUUCUCCUGCGACAAGUUUUUUUUGUGCGAACAAGAAACAGAGACAACAAUAGUGAAAGGAUGACGCCAUCGGGUAAAGGUCAUGGGAGAAGCUUGUGGUUAAAAGCUGGAACAGAUCUGAAUUCAAGAUCAUAUGUGAUUGGUGGCAAAAGUGGAGGCUCGACAGAGAACGUGAUGAAUAAGAGGCACCAUGAGGAAGAAACUAUAGUACCGCCGACUCGUCCUCCUCCUGAACUGCCGCCGGAGUAUCAGAAACAGAUAGGAGGUUCCGGAACGUGGUUGGAAGUGGUGCUCUGGAAGAAGGAGCAAGAGUUUUAUUUUAUUGUCUUUUUGCCUUUUAAUGUCUUUGAUCAUAAUGUUUGCUUUUGCUUUUGGUAUGUUUCUUGUUGUAAGACUGUGGAUUUGGAUGUAGUGAUGAAAGGGUUGUGUUAACUGUUUUUGGCUCAUUUGUAUUCAUUAAUGGAUUAUCGAGUUAUAUUGCUUCUGUCGAGGUGAUAAACUCUUAAUCUGGUUCGAGGGAUGGCGG